AUGACUGGUGAGGAUCGGCAAAAACGGCUUACUACCCCUAGCAGGAACCUCACUCCCUUUGCGUCGCUGUUGAAGGGUAAGAGGAGGAGAGGUAAUUCGCGAGAUAUAAAUGGGAGCUUACAACGGGAAGUUGCUGUACCGUCUCCAUUCCGAAGUGGGUUUAGAGUCUCAAAACCUGAGUUAAACAGGCUACAAAAUAAAGGAAGCUCUGAGCAUGAUGCUUCAAAGACGAGCGAGUGGUUGCAGUCAUUGAUCAAACGUGGGAAGUCGAUUCUUUCUGAUAUAAAGAAAGAGGAGGAUCAGUUGGCAUCACAGUUGGAGGAUGAUUUGAGAGAUUCGCAGUUGGAAGACUCAUUUGUGGAAGCGGUCCUAAACAAGCCAUUACUACCCGCAAGAAAGGUAUCUUUUCAGGGUAAAGAUACAUCUUUCAAAGAUUCCAAUAUUCUUGAAAGGACGAGUGAUUCUGAUAGAGUAUCGUUUGAUGAUAUUGCUGAUAAUGUCGAUAGACUCGAAGAACCCAACCAGUAUAGACUUUCCGAAAUUGCCGUUGAUAAUAUUUCGAGGGAGUUACCAUUAGAGCAUGAGGACUCAGAAGGAUCACUGAUCAUACUUUCCGAUGAAGAGUCUGAGAAGGAUGGAAACUCCUCACAAGGCUCUGAAAGUGAAGAAAACCCUUCAAUGUCGCAUUCUCAAGAAGAUGAAGAUGACAUUUUAAGCGGAGAGGACAGUUCAUCAAGUGCCGACCCAUUGGGCAAUGGAGAGUAUUAUUAUUCACAACCCAAAACUACUCAACAAGUUUUGAGUCAUCAAUUAAAGUAUAACUCAGUGCCAGAAAGGCAUGUAACUUUUGACUCCCUAUUGCAGCAAUCGGAGUACGACGUUAAUCAUAAUGAAGAUAACAACCAUCCAGAUAAUUCAAGUGAGGAAUCUGAAUCCGAGUAUUCUUCUGAAGAAAGAGCUGUCGAAGAAGCCAAUGAACAAGAAAAUGAAGAAUCAUAUGAGGAAAAUGAAAACAACUCUUUGAAUUAUGGCGCUGGUGAAACAAUUGAUUUCGCCAAGUUGAUGAAACCGCGCUAUCCUGAUAUAUCCCGUAUGAUGCAAUCCGUUCACCCAGAAAAUCAAAACGAUGGUGCAACUCAGAAUCUAGAUACGUCACCUGAAGAGCACACAUACACUGCUUCUGAAUGGGGAAAUGCUGUACAUCCGGUAGAAAAUGAGACCGAAAACAAAACUAAUGACGGGUUUGACAUCUCAUCUGAGACCGGUUCUCUUGAAGCUUACGAAAUCACCAGUGAUAUCGAGGACACUGGUCCAAAAAUUGACAAUACAGAAAUCCAGCAAAUGCAUGAGAAAGUUACAAACUCUGUUUCUGACGACCAUGGAGACACUGUACCUAUCCCUUUGAACGACUCAGAUAACGAAACACGACAGUAUGUCGAAGAACAAAGUCAUGAAGAAGAAGCAAAUAGCGUUGAGCAUUCCGGCGAAUCACCUGAUAUUGAUUUUGCUGCGAUUGCAAGUCAAGCACUUUUGACUUCCAGUGAGCAACUAAUACACGAUAAAGGUUACAGUAUAUCGGUCUCGCCCGAGGAUGGAUUGACGGAUACGUCGAUACCCUUAACUACCGAAAAGGGUAUACCUCCUCCAGAAAUAUCCCCUAAUUCGCAAAAAAUUUCUUCAGCAAAGACAACUUCUGCUUCGACAGCUGACGUUCAUGAAUUUUCAGAAGAAGCGGACGCCGAUGACACAAUGGCAUCGCUUAAUGAUACCACGCUUUUUUAUUCGUUUAAUGAAGAAUCAGAGAACGCGGUCAUAGAGAAAAGUGAUGUUGAGCAAUCUAGACCUAGUUCACGUUACGAAAUUCAUGUUGGAACUUCCCCUUACAGUGACUCUUCAUGUGAAAAUAACUCCCACAUUUUCAACCAAACUCAUAAAUAUGUUUCGCCAUUUGAUGAAGACCCAUUUGAGGUUCUUAAUGAUGCAACAAAUUUAAAGGCAUAUUUAGAUGAACCCAUAAACGCUUAUGAGUCUCACAAAGGUUCAGUUGAAGAAAAUGUCAGUUAUGGCGAAACCGAUGACAAAAAGGAAUCAGGCAUACCUCUCUCUGCUUCGACUCAUUCCGAUGCAAAUACGGCUGAUCAACAAGUUGGUUCAUUUACUAAAGAUAGUGGAUCUGUUGAGGAUUUGUACCUCGAGACAGAAGAAGAACGUGCACAGCUCCCACCAACAUCUACGUCUAGUCAUGAGGAUAUACCUAUUACAAAUUCUGAUUUGAAUGAAACAGGAAGACAAACAGAUUUGACUCAAAGUGAACUUGAAGAUGAUGCUUCGCUUUACGUAAGCGCUAUUCAGCCCGAGUCUGAAUCCGGUGUUGAAACCACGUUACAUUUUGUUAAAGAAGAUUUGGACUCUGAUUUUGAUGAAUAUCUUGAUAAAGGUAAUACUAUCGGAAAUAUGUCCAAUGAACUUGAAACUCAAGGAACUACCAACGAGGAUUCAAAACCAAACACUACCACUGUCACACAACCAGAAGAUGAUCAACUUUACUCACAACCAGCACGCAAAUUGGUAAAUAUUGAGCACUCUCUUCUGCCUGAUGCACCUGCACGACAAUUUUUGAGCGAGGAAAAUGCUAGUGACCCUUCAUUUGAACCGAAUGUAUCAUCACAUUUGAUAAAUUUGGAACCUGACACAUCAGAAGGAAAUAAUUGCUCAUCACCUCUCAACAUUGUACAUCACUUGGCUGCUGAACAGAUGGAAAGUGCUGUGAACCCAGAAUACCCUGCAGAAGAAUCUCGUGUGGCGUACACUAUAAAUGAAGGUGAGAUGAAAGAAACCGAUUCACUCAAACGAAAGGAACGAAUUGAUGGAAGCGGUGAUGAAGAAAAUAUAGUUCUUGAAAAUGUAUCAUAUGAAGCCCAAAAUUCAGAACCUAUUUCCAAAAUUCAACGUAGCCCACAGUCUGACAACGAGAAGGAUGAAGCACGGACUGAACUGGAUGUGCCUUCUGGAAACGUAUUAUAUGACCAAAAUAAUAUAGUUGCCAAAAGAACCACUAUAUCUGGAGAUCGUGAUGAUAUUGCCAGUGCCGUUUUAACUGUAAACAAUUUUGAUAGAAGCUCGUCGCUUGAACACGACCAAUCUAGUCAAGAGAACAUACUCGAUAGAAUGAAUGAUUACGAAAAAGAGGUGGAUUGUGAUUAUAAGGACGAUCCGCUGAACGACGAGUCGCCCGAAAGUUCCGACGAUGCCGUGUUAAAUGCUACAGAUCAAGAGGGAAAUGAUCGCGCUAGCGAAUAUCAUCCAAUCUCAGGUUUUUUUGAUAAUUUAGUAUCGGUUGAGAAGGCAAUUGACGAAGAAUAUGUCCAGGCUCCAUUACACGAUGAAAAUAAUGAUGAUUCGAAACAUGAAGUUCCAGGGAGAGAACUGCCCUCAUAUGACGGUGAUGCAUCGAAUAGUAAGACACCUGAAAUAUUGAGUUUCGAAGCUGGGUCAAGCUCGGAAGCGAAAUCCGGCUAUUCGCUUGAUCAGAUUAAUAAAUUCGAAGAUAAUGAGGCGUUUCAGGUUGAAGCAAGUCCCGGCCCAGAUACCUCGUUGCCCAAAACAUCCAAUGAAAAAAACGCUAAUCUGGAUAAAGUGUUAACGAACAGUUUUGUAAAACCGGUAUCGGUUGGAUAUGAACAACCGCUAGAUAUCAGUAAGGGAAGCACAUUAGAGAAAGAUGGAGAAGUUGGAAAGGAUUUGCAGCCUGAUGAAUCUGCUAACUCAAAUGCAAAGAGUGUAGCAGGGAAAGGGUUGCUAUUUUCUGCAGUUGGGGCUGUCGUGUCCAUUGCAAGGAACAUACAUGGUAUUAUCAAUGUUGCUGAGGAGUUUGUUGACAGGAGAGAUAUUUCAGAUAGCGAAAGCCAGUCUUCUGAUGGCAUACUACGCUAUAACGAAGAUGGGAUGAAUAUGAAUGAAACCAUAAUAUCUGAUAAUAAAGAAAGCAGAGAGGCAGAACUGGUCGUUUCAUCUAGUAAUGAGAACUCAGAUAGUAAGUUGGACAAGGAAGUUCCUCAGCAGGAUACAGAAAUAAAGAUUCCGGAAAACAACGGUGUUAUAAAUUUAUCUGAUCACCCAGAAGAAGAUUGCCAGAAUGGCCAAGAUAACAUUGUUAUACAAGAGAACGCAACAGAAGGACCACUAACUGUAUCACAGGAAGAGCCUAACAUUGAGAGUGGGGAUAAUUGUCAGCAAGAUCUUGAACUACCUACAGAUGCUCAACAAAUGUCAGAGGUCAAUGUCGAUAAAAUAGAUGGGAAAACUUUAGUUGCUUCUGGAUCGAAUGAAGUAAGAUCGAUUAUGCUUAAUGAGGAACUCGAAGUGAACCCAGUUACAAUACCAUCUGACCAGCCAAAGCGCCCUGAUAGAAAUAUUCUGUUGGGCGAUUUGUGUAAUAUCAAAAAUCUAGCGCAUAACAUUGAGAAUGAACAAUUUCAGAUCCGUCAGGAUAAAUAUAGAGAUGAUUUACUGUUUAGUCAAAAAACAGAUACCGCAUUUAUCCACCCAAUCCAAGAAGAUAGCGAAUUGAGUUUGGAUCUUGGUACCAAAGUAAUUAGCGACACGACGUACUCUGGAUUAGAAAGCAGUGAAUUCAGUACUUCAACGAAAACUUUCAAUCGUAAAGAGGUUGUAGACAAAAGCGACAGAAAUACAUCAGACUUAGACCACCAUCAAAUUUUUGGUGUUUCAUCUUCUACACCUCCUCCAUAUAUGGAAGUGGACACCAGCACAAAAGAGUUAGAUACUUUGAAGACUGAAGGAGGAGCAGAACCUGGUUCCGACAUUGAUGUUUUAGUUAGGGAACCUUCUGGGGAUAAUUCGGCUGAAAGCGUCUCAGUGCAAGUGGUUUCACAAACAGAAGAUGAUGCAUCUGUUUCGGUAGAGAAAGCUCGUCCCGUUCCUCCAUUAAACCUUGAGCCUGUCGAAGAACAACGAGAGGAGUCAGAAGCUUCUGCGCUUUCAAAUGAUGUAGUUGUGCCAGUUAUUGAUAAAUCUGAGGAAUCAGAAAGUGUUGAACCAGUUCAGGUCCCAGUUGAAAUAGUGGAGCCUGUUGUAGAACACUCGGAUGCUAAAGGAGGUGAAUCGAACCAUUUGGAUGAAUUGAACAAUGUAAUUUCCACCGAAGCGACCGAAGGGGUUUAUGAAGAAGGUGAUCUUGGAGCUCUCCAGCCGGAUACCGGUAAUGUGCCCUCUGAAGAUGUUAUACCUAGAGAAAGUGAUGAACCAUCUGAAAAACUGAAUGUAGAAGAUGAAGAUGUCGAAGGUAGCAAUGAGAUUCCAUCAGAUGGGCAAGAGGAUAAAUCCUUAAAUCCUGAAUCUCCUGUAAAAGAAGAAGUUGAAGGGGAGGAUGACAUUACGAGUAAAGGGCAUGCUCCUCCAGCAGAUGAUGAAGAAGCUCCCGUGGAAAAGAAGUCACCUUCUAAGAAGCCGAAGCGAGCACCCAAGAAGAAGAAUUUAAGAAAACUGAGAAAGAGGAAGCAGCGGAUCGAUGAGGACUCUACUCCAGCGCAACCACGCUCGAAAAGAGCUAAGGCAACGCCAAAGACUACCAAACAGAAACUUGUCGCCAAGAAUACACGCAGUGCCAAACUCGCAAAGAAAAGGAAACCGUCUCAGGAUAAAGACUGA